AUGCCAGACCCGCUCAGCAUUGUCACCGGUGUAGCUGCCCUCCUACAAUCAACAUGGACGGUGAGCGUGGAGUUGAAGAAAUUCUACGAUGGCGUGACCGUCGUAAAGCAGUCGAUACAGGACCUACAGCAGGAUGUUGACGGCCUGUCAGAUGUACUUGGAUCGAUGCGAACGACCUUCGCAGUCAUUACCGCCGAACAACAGACUGGAACCGGCCAUGUGGCGUCUCAUUGGGGCAACGUGUCGAAGGCCAUCGUCAAGGGGAAAGAUAUGCUGGACCAAAUGGUGGAGCUCGUCCUGGAUAUCGGUCAGACGAAGAAGUUCCUCGAUGGACCACGCAAGCAGCUCCGGCUGAACAUGGCAGAGGAGAGAUUGACGGCCUUUCGGGGGCACAUUCGGUCCUUCCAAGAUACCCUGCAGCUGUCACUGGCCACCAUCAUCCUUUCGAACCAAGAGGCUUACCAGAAGACGAACGCUCAGCUGCUCCCGAAUCUUGGUCAGCUCAGUCGUGAUGUUCGAAAGAUUGCACACGAUCUGGACGCGAUAAAAGCAUCACAGAACAGUACACCCAGCCCACAGGAAAGAAUCCGCGCGGAGUUACUGAGCAGUACACGCGACUGUGUCCAGUCGGCUGCCAGUAUCAUCUCUUCAUCGACCAUAACUGGCCAGCAAGAUGAUGACGCAAGAAGCGUAGUCGCAGACUCAAACUAUGGGGAUUGCUUCCCGGCCGAACAGAUUCCUGCGAUAGACCGGUACAUGAGAUCCGACACAGUGCAUGGAUUUGAAGAGAUGACACCCCGAGCUGCUCCUCAAUCUGUGAUUGAUGUUCCAACAUGGAGUGAUGAGAGCGAAGGCAGCUCCGAAUCCGAGUCUGACGUCGAGAUCGAUCUAGUGGACAGCCUUUUGGAAGAAGGCAAGCAAGAGGCGGCUGUUGGGGAUUUCAAAGCUGCCAAGGAGUCGUUCUCCAACUGCCUCAAACGACUGCCAGCGGUCGACUCCACCCGCAAGCACGAUGUAGCCAAGCGGCUGGAUGUGCUGAGCUGCCUGCUCGACGCCUACAAAACGGAACAGAACUGGCUAGAAGCUCAAAAGGUCUUGACCCAAAGGAUCGAGCUCAGAAAGCAUUUGUUGAGGACCGACGACGCUGAUUACGCACAUGACGUGUAUCUUCUGGCGUGCGUAAUGCACGAAAGUCAUGAUCGCGUGGAGGCACAGCUUCACGCUCGAAGGGCCUGGGCAAGAUUCAAGAGAUUGAAGCAAGAGAAUGGUGUUCGGCGCUGUCUGUUACUUCUCAUUGCCAUUUCUACCGCCGAUAACAAUGUCGGCGACGUGAAGGCCUACACCGUGACGCUGAAACGUAUGGGUGGAAACGCGCUCGAUGCACCAGAAACACCGAACGCAGGUGUUGAGAGCAGCUUGGACAUGUCGAUGAAGAAGUUGGCAUCGCCGCAGCCUGAUGUCACCAAAAUCCCAGAGCCCCAGCACGAAGAAGCCGUGUCUCUCGGAUUGCCUGUUGAAGAUACUACGGUUAUUGCUAUACAUCCAGAUGAAGCUGACACUGCUUGUUUCGCAAGCGAAGAAGGGGGAUCGGAUAAUAUUCAGGGGUGCAAUGUUGAAGACUUGCCAGAAAUCGAACAAGUGGCACCAUUGCUGGACUCAAAACCAACCAAUGCUUCGCAAGAAUCCGUAUCAGAGACGAAGGACGACGAGUCAGGCUCAGAGGCGCUCCAGGGAGAUCAAUUGUCCGACCAUGAUUCGAUCUCGGCAUCGUCUUCAUCGGAUGCUGACUCAAACCGUGAACUGAUCCCCGUUAAUAACAAUGAAAUCCGCCCAAGCACGCCGACUACUCGGAUGUCGUGUGAUGACGAAAACCUCGCUGGCCUUGAAGAGUUGACUCUAUACACAGUUGAAGAAGAAACCUACCCAGAGCCGGAGCAAGCAACGACAAUCAAAUCCUCCACGACAUCAAGAGCUUCAUUAGAGAGCGGUCUUGAUAAUGUCUCACAGACGUCCACGGUCCGAUCAGCUCCCAUAUCACCAACUGGAAGCAGUACUGGCCAUCGAUGGCCUCCAAGGAUAGUGACCGUGGAGUACGUCAUCUCAUCUGGAGACGAGCCUCAAAUCUUCCUGGGAUGUAACGCCGAAAACGACUGGCGACUUUAUCUGUCUCGAACCUACGAGGACUUUGAAUCCCUUCAAACCGACCUCUGGUGCGACUGCCCUAACGAGGCUGCCGGACUAUCUCACCGAGUCCUGCCCCUCAAGUUUGGCCAGCUCAACUACACUCGCGAACAGCAGAUAGAACAGCUGAAUGACUACUUGCAAGAUGUGCUUGCCCUGCCGGAUCAUAUCCUGGACCUGCCGUUGAUCCAGAACUUCUUCAAAUUGCGGCCAGGCGAUGGUGAGGAUGCCCAGCCAAAGGUUGUUGUAACCACACCUGGCUCCGAUACUAUACGUGAAGCCAAAGUCGAUGAUUCUCCGAGGCCAGAGCUGAAUGCAGCCAGCCUGGCAAAGGCAUCAGGGGAGCCUUCCCGGGAGCUCCAGCGCACGUCUGGUCUUGCGAACGCAAGCAACGUCUCUGUCGCCAGUACUGAGAACGAGACCGUAACAUCUUCGAGAAGCCUGAAGACGACUUCGACAAAAGACAAGCGGAGCAGCUGGCGUAGACUCUUCUCGGCGAACGGGUCGAAGGAAGAAGAGCCAGUGGUAGAACCGACCGGCGAGAUUCGGCGCAAAGUGGUGAUUGUAGGCGACGGUGCGUCAGGCAAGUCGUGUCUUCUACAUGUAUUUGUGACGGGAUCCUAUCCACCGUGCUACGUCCCGACUGUCUUCGAGAACUACGUCGCAGAUAUCGAACUCGACGGGAAGAUGGUCCAACUCGCCCUCUGGGACACAUGCGGCCUUGAGGACUUUGACCGUCUCCGCCCUCUCUCUUACCCCGACGCCCAUGCGAUUAUCAUCCUGUUCGGCAUCGACUCGCCGGAUAGCCUUGACAACGUUCAGGAGAAGUGGAUUUCAGAAGUCCUCCACUUCAAUCCUGGCGUGCCGUACUUCCUCGUAGGCAACAAGAAGGAUCUUCGGCACGAUCAGAAGACGAUUGAAUGGCUCAAGAAGACCUACCAGAGCCCUGUUACUCACGAACAGGGUGAGGACGUCCGCAAAAAGAUCGGUGCCAACAAGUACCUCGAGUGCUCUGCUGUGACGACGGAAGGGAUCCAGGAGCUUUUUGUGUGUGUUACCCGGGCGGCGUUGAAGAUGAAGAAACCGAAGAAGAAGAGGUAG